GAGAUAAGUGAUCCUAGUAGUCUACUCAUCAAAGGAGAAAAUGUAAAAGUCAGCAUGGCUGACUGUAAGGAGUUGGCAAGGUUGCAAACCAUCUACCCAAAGAGCGAAUACCAAAGAAUUGAUGCCACGGUAGAAGAGAAAAGUUUGACAGUGUUAUGUAAUUAUGUCAAAGAUCAGAGUCAUUCGUUGAUGUUGAAACCCUAUCCUUCUGAUGUGGAAGAACUGAGUCACAGACUCCACAACAAACAGAAAAUUGUUUCAAAAUUGAAGCAGGAGUUGACCACGUCAGCAGAGGACCAUGUGCCUAGAUUACUGAGAGAGAGUGCCACAAGUCAGGUGAACAGAAUCCUUCAGGGAGAUUAUGACCUAAAGGUUGCUAGACAAGACUACUUUAUUUUGAAUCAGGACAAGGUGACAGAGACCAACUUUCGACCUUAUAUCAUUCCUGGUUUCGCCACCUGA